GUGCUACCAAACUGGGGGUUGGGGAAUUAGAUCUCAGUCUUUCUGUCUCUCUCUCUCUCUCUCUCUCUCUUAACUGAGAUAAACUCAAUGGACCAGUCCUAUUUUUAACUGGAUAAUAUUUCCCAGCUAAUCCUGUCAGCUGUAGUCAAAUCAUUUCCCCUCAAUGGAGAUUACUUGCAGCUUUGCCAUUGUCUUCUGAUCUGGUAGAAACAAAUACUAGGGAACUAAAGAAGAUACACACAACUUUUAAACGUCUUGUGUGCCACAUGGUCAGUAUUCACAUCAGGUCAUGUCUUAUGAAGGGGGCACUGGAGGUCAGCUUCCUGCAACCACCACAAUCAGCACAGUUGUUGUCCAGACUGGAGACUCAAGGAUAGUAGUAGCUAUUUUAAAGAGUGGAACAUGCGUCUCCCUGCAACUCGUUGAAUGUACACCUAACAUCUUAGAAAUUGGUAGCAGUCAGGAUGAAAUCAAAAAGCAAUUACAAGAUCAUGAAAUGUUGUUGAUCAAACUUAAGGGUCUGGAACAUGGCAUAUGGGACCUAUUUAGGGAUGCUGAUAAAAAAGCACAGAAGAAGAAUAAAGACCAGAAGCUUGUAUAUGAUGCUAUGGGAAAGACACUCGGUGCAUCAUGGGAACUCCUGCUCAGCUUACUUGAAAAACGAAAAGAGCUUCUAAACUUGGCUGCAGAAUUUUUUGACCGAGCACUUGAGUUUGCUGUUAAAAUCGAUGAAACCGAGGAUGUUCUACACCAUGGACAAGUGCCUGCAGACACUGAGUCAUUGAAAGAGUACCUUCAGCGACACUGCUCUCUUAACAAAGAUCUUCUGGAAAAUUCACUGGUGGUAUUAAACAAGAGUCAAGAACUGAUAGACUUUAUACAAGAAUUUCAGUCGGAGGAAAGUAUAAUAUAUUCUAAAAUAACGGAAGGAGCACAGAACAGCUGCAUGAAGAUCGAGAGCCUUCUUGAAGUACUGCAGGACAGGAGAAGGCUUCUGGUGAACCAGCUGAGGCAACAGCAAAUGGAAAUGGAGCAGCUCCUUAAGGUGUGCCAGUGGGAUCAGCGACAAGGAGAAGUGUUUAACUGGUUCAAGGAACAUGGGGAAACCUACUUAGUCAAGAAUCAUUUGGGAUCAUCUUUGUCAGAAAAUGAAAUGCUUUUGGCUGAGUACAAAGAUUUUGUCUACAAGGCCAAGCACUGGAGCUCUGUUGCUGAGAAACUAAAAGUGGAAGCUUAUGAGAUUUUACUGCCAGAUGAAUUUACAGACAAGGACCAUGUAAUCUCCCAGAGUCAGAAACUGAAAACAGCGCAUGAAGAAUUUUGGCUUCUCAUGGAAGAUAAACAGAUAUUGCUCCAAGAAGCAAAUGAGUUUUUCAACAGUGCUAACAAGGCUUUUGAUGAACUUGGAAAUAUUGAAGCACAUCUAAAAGUUCUUGGGUUGGAGAGCCUAAGUCUGACAGCACUAGCCAAAGAACAUGAAACUCUGCAGAGAAAGAUCAAAGAUGUGACUGCUGAUGCUUUACAAAAGGGGCAGGCAUUGCUUAGCAAGGCUGAUUGUCACAGAUUUCAUCCGAAAGGAAUCCAGGAAAUGAUUGGCUACAUACAGAAAAGGGUGGAUCAGCUUAACAGCCACUAUAAUGCCCAUCAUGAACUUGCUAUGAGGAAGCAGCAGCUGCUGUCCUCAUUUGAUGACCAAGCUGACAAGGUAUCAACAUAUGUUCAGAAAUGCACUGCACUGCUGGCAACUGUCCUAGAUCCAGGUGUUUGCCUGUCUGAAUCUAAAGGUGUUCUAGAGACACAUCUGCAACUGUCUCAGCAGCUUAAGAUUGCAGAAAAUGACUUCAAAGCAGCUUCAGACAUUAUUAUAGAGAUGAACAAAUGUGAAGCUUCAGAAACAGCAGCCUGUGUUAACAAAACUGACCUACUGAAUGAAAAACUGAAAACACAAAGCAGGAGACUGACUGAAAGGCUUGAUAUUCUAAAUAAUUAUGUUGAGUUUUUGAAAUCUUCUGAAGAGCUGGAAGAAGCUAUGCUGGUUUUGGAAGAAAGUUGUAAAAUGACAAGUGGUGAAGAAGGAGCAGGAGGAAAGGCAGCAUCUAUAUCAGAUGAAAUUGAUUCAAAAUGGCAAGCUGUUCUGGGAACAUUUAUUGUUGUUCAAGAUUUGGCCUCCAGUUUUAGGACUGUAGUAGAUAUGAUGAGUGAAAAUUUAAACAUAAAUGUGGAGAUGGCUUUAAAAGUGGUGGAAAACAUAUUAGAAAAACUGACAGCAAAAAAAAUAGCUCUGUCAAAUGUAUGGAGUUCUUGGCAUCUUCGUGGGGAUAAUAGCAAAUCAGCCAAAAAACAGUGGAAGAAAGUGAAAGAUCAAAUUAAAAAGGUGGUACAGACUCUGAAGAUCCUAGAAACAGAGCUGAUGCUUGCUACCAAGGUUGAUAUAGGAGAGGAUCUUCAAACAGUUCUAGCAUUAAUGAAAAAAUUCAAUCAACAGAAGUCACAGUUUCUGAAAUUGAAUGCAGAGGUAGAGUUCAUCAUGAAAAUGUCUGAACUUCUAAGUGUACAGGGCAUUCCAGUGAAGGACAAGAGAGAAAAAACUUCCGAACUCCUGAGUGCUAAUCAGUCAGUAAAGGACAUGAUUAAGCAGUACAAAACCCUUUGUAGUACAGCACUCAGAUUUCAUCACAUCACUCAAGAGCUGGAAAGUAUUAUGACCUCAGUAAUGCAACGAGAUUCUGUUCCAGGUGCACCGUCACCUGAUGCAGAUGAUGCAAAAGUGCAGCUAACACACCACCAGGAGCAAAGGAUCCACAUUCAGAACCUGUAUAGUCAAGCUCUUACACUGGGAGCCGAUCUCAUUUCCAAAGUCCAGCACUCUAAAUCUUUCAAUGCUUCCAAAAAACAUUUGCAGCAGAAACUGGAUGCACUUCAGGCUGACAGUGUUAAAUGGAGUGCCAGUGCUGACAAGUAUGAGGACAAACUGUCUGCUAAUGUGCACGAAUGCACCGUUAAAGAAGAACUUAAUGAGAUGAAAGAAUCUUUCAAGGAACUGAGAAAAAGAUUUAACAAUUUUAAAUUUAAUUAUAUGAAGAAAACGGAAAAAACUCGAAAUUUGAAGGCUGUGAAAAGUCAAGCUCAGCAAGUUGAUAUAUACUAUGAAAAAAUUCAGGCAUUUAAGAAGAAAAUGAAUCAAUUUGAAACAAAAAUAACUGACUUAGUGGAAUACCAGUCAGAAGACAAAGCCAUUUCAUUCACAGAAGCAAUAAAGGAGCUGCAGAACCAAGUGAAUGAAUUUAACCGGUCUGUUGAAGAAUAUAAGCAAAACCUUGACUCAACUGUGCUCCUUCAGCAGUCAAUGGAAGAGUGUCAGUUCUGGUGUGAAGAAACAAGUGCUACGGUUGCACGUGUUGGAAAAUACUCUGCAGAUUGUAACAGCCAGGAGGCAGUGGCAAUGCUGUACAAACAGUUUGAGAAAUUUGUCUGCCCUACAGUACCCCAGCAAGAGGAAAGAAUUCAGCAGAUAACUGAGCUAGCUAUACGCUUACACGGUCCAGUGGAAGGGAAGAAGUUUAUAGAGAAAAUGGUAGCAAAACAUUAUGAAAUACUUGAAUCCGUUAAGGGAUUAUCAAAUUCCUUAAAACAGCUGGAGCUAAAGCUAAAGGCCGAGUCAUCAGAUCUUACUGAAAAUGCAGAUAUUGUGGAAUCAUCACCAGCUAAAGCCAGUUCUGCAAAUGUGUCCACUGAUGUCAGAAGUAAAAUUACUGAAAAAAUUACUGAAAAAGAAGGAAACCAGGCAAUCAGUCUAAGUGCCACCGUGAAUCAAAUGGGUCCCCAUGAUACAUCAUAUGUGACAGGACUGUCAAAGCAAGACAUUACUGAGGUAGAGAAGGGCCAUCUCCUGGAACAAAGCAUACCCAAACCAAACUGGAAAUCCACAAUGCAUCAGCAAUUUAGUUCUUAUACAAAAUCAAUACUUCAUGCAGCACAAACUUCUGAGCUUGGGAGGAAGUUUGGAGCAUUUCACCACAAUAAAAACAGACCUAAGGACAUGAGCUUUUCCUUGUUGUCUUCACCUAAAGAUGUCACAGAGAUUCCUUCAAUCAGUAUCUUAUCUCAGAUUCCAGUAGAACAGUUCAGGACAAAAGAGUCAGAGGAAAUGUUUCAUUCCACUGGAGAUAUGGAGCAGAAUGUUAUACAACAGGAAAUUGUAUCUGAACAUGAGGAAAUAACUGACACAUUAAUGACAGAUUCAACAGGAAACUACUGUCUCACUCAUCUUAAGGCAGACACCGCUGCUUCUGCUGCAGAGGCCAGCACCGCAACAGAAAGGGACUUCCAGAAUGAGAUGACUAUAGAAGAAAUGUCCGCUGAUGAAUAUGAAUGCGCCUCUCCUGAUGAUAUCUCCUUACCACCUCUUCCAGAGACUCCUGAAUCCAGUUUUCUCCAGUAUGAAGCAGAGUUAGAGGAAAGGCCCUGCAUUAGUUCUCACAGCUUGCAUGAUACUUCCUGUAGUCCUCAGACACAAAUAACAUCUAGUAGUAACAUGCAAAUUAAUUGCUCAGCUGCUGCUUAUACUAAUGCAUUCAAUACAUAUGAUCAAGGUUCUAUUCAGCCUGACAGUUGUUCAGCAGCUGCUCAAAGCAUAGGUCCAAAAUUUAGGUCAGAAUCUUCCUCUUUUAUCCGCAGUCCUCUAACAGUACUUGCACCCAGCAUUACAUCCAACAGUUUGUCACAGAUACUAAAAUUAAAACCUGAAACUGAGUCUUCAGUACGUAAUUCUCUCUAUGAAGUUCAUGAGACUCAUUUGCAACACUACAUCCAUGAAAGUGUGACAGAAAUGCAAGAACCACUGCAUGGGGAAACCAGCACUAGUCUAACCCACAGCACUAAGAUGCAUGCUUCACUUGAUGCAUUAACAGCCUUUGUAGCUCAAAGGGACCAUACGAGUCACUCCAAGCAGAUGGCUGACAAAGAGAUGAUCACAUGCUCAACAGAAAGCAAGGCUGCGCACAGCCUGACUGGCCUGGCUCCUAGCUUCUCCAAGCUUCUCUCAAAUGCCACUGUUCUGGAAGGUUCUCCAGUGACUUUGGAAGUAGAAAUAUCAGGAUUUCCAGAACCUACACUGACAUGGUACAAGAAUGGAGAGAAACUGACCAGCAACACGCACUUACAACUUUCAAAAAAAGAAAGAAAACAUACUGUAUUCAUUCAUGAGGUGUGUGAUAAAGAUGCUGGGCAAUAUGUUGUCUGGGCCCAAAACUCUAGUGGUUCCUUGUCUUCCAGUGCUGUCCUUCAAGUACAAGUGCAAGGAAAGGCUCCAACAUUUGAAGCAAAAUUCACUGAUGUCACCCUUCUACUAGGAGAAGACCUUAUCCUGGAGUGUACAUUAUCAGGAAGGCCAAAACCUCAAGUUAUAUGGAUGAAAGAUGACAUAAUAAUGGCCAGUUCUGAAAGUGCAGUUCAAGUGCUAAGUGACACUCAUGUCUUCAUAAAAAGAAGUGUUGUUUUAGCAGACAGUGGAAACUAUAUAUGUAUUGCUAGGAAUGAAGCUGGAGUGGCCUACUGUUCUGCAUACAUAGACAUUACAGGACAUAACACGAAUGGUGAAAUGUGUGCUGCAUCUAUAGGAAAACUAAACAGAAAUGACUGCUCACAUGAACAGUUAAAGAGCGCUAUAUCUGCAGCAACUGAAGAGACAGGAUUAGAAGCAUAUGGAGAAGUUCAAAGCUUAAAGGCAACACAGCUGUCACUGAGGUAAAUCAUAGUUUACCUCUAUUUAUAAACCACACCGUAAAGAGCAGAGUCGCAAAGCUUUACUUGCUCCUAAUUACACUAACAAUUUGCAGAAGCAGGUAUUUAUUUGGAGAGAAUAAUAAAAAGGCCAAAGGAUUAUCUGUACAGUACUUGUUUACUUAAAUGUUAAGUAGGUGAUGGCACAGAUAAAAAAAAAACUGUAACAGUGAUAGCAGGUCAAUGUUCUUCAGCAAAGAAGACACUUAAUGCAUCUGGGUCUUCUGAUAACUGUUUCUGAUGUGAGAAAGAACCAAAGCAAAUUGUUUGCAGCUGUUGCUGCUCAACUCGAUAACAUACUGUAUGCUAUGAGAAAAGCUAUCUUUUAAUUGGCAGUUGCUUAGUAUUUCUUGAAUACAAGAAACAAGUGCCAUUCUAGAUACAU